CUUUUAAUGAAUAGCUUCGCGCUCUCUCUCUCUUUGCGCUCCGUAAGAUAAGCCGAGCUCUGCAAGUUUAUUCCCAGAAGAUAUCGUUGAAUCAUCAAAACCAGAACCUGCCUCCAGAAUUCAGGCAUUAGCCCACAGAAUCCCCAAACAUACAUAUCUCAUCGGUGCUGGAGAAAGUGAAAUCUUCUAAUCUUAGGGUUUCCAUCAUCUCCAGUAUUUAAGAAGAAGAAGAAGAAGUGCUUCAGAAUUAUGAGCCCAGAUAGACAAAUGUGUAUCGCAGAAUAUUCUCUUGUCAUCUUCAUCUCUCUCAGUUUCCUAUCAUCUUCCUCACUUCACAAGGCCCUCUCUUCAGAACUAAUGCAGGAAAGUAAGUUUAAAGAAGGCAAAGGUUUACAUGCAUAUAAGGCUAAAGGUGGCGGAGGCGCCGGCGGUCACGCCUCUGGUGGUCACGCCUCAGGUCAUGUUUCACCAGGUCACACAUCGCCCCACAACGGUGGGAAUGGUGGAGAGUCAAGAACACCCACACAAGGAGGUGCGGUUAUUCCAGCUUAUGUUGCUGGUGCUGCAGGUGCUGCAAAUGCAAAUAACCAACACCACCGGAGCCACCAUGGUACCAACAACGGCAGCUUUAAUAGAAUUGAAUUUCCCAUAAUGCUCACCGUCAUCUUCCUCUAUACUCCUCUGCUUCAUCUGUGUUUGUUCAUAUAGAAAGUGACUUCUUUUUUUGGCUAUAAAACAUGCAUCUAAAAUAUUUAUGUUUAAUAUUCAAAAUUGGAAACGUUGAAUAUCUCAAAAUUAAGAGUGUCAUGUGAGAUUUUAGAAUGUCAUAGGCUCACAUCAUUUUGAUUUUAGUACUGUUGACUUUUUCAAUUUUGACAGCAUCUUUUAGAUUUGGUCUGAUUGUACAACAUCCAGCGUAUUAUCAAAGACUCUCCCUAGUGCCAGUGCAUGUGUGGUGUAGUGGCAUGGUAGCCGCCUGUUGGUGGCCCUUAUCAAGGUUCAAUCCCUGCCCGUAAGCUCUGCUUGCCUACUUAAAAAAAAACAAAAGAAAAGAAAAAGGCUCUCCCUAGUCUUUUGCAUGAAGUAGCUGUUUGUUUAGAUCUUGGCCAAGGCUGACUAUCCUAUAUUGUUCAACUUAUGCAUUAUAGUGAGUUUGACAUUUGUGAUCA